CUUUCUUUUGAAACACUCUCUCUGGGCCCUAACUUCCAUAAAGCAAGUAGAGAGAAAAAACCACAAGACUUCAGUUGAAAAGGGAAACAAAGAGCAGCCAAGCCGUCAGAUGGAUACGAACAGCGGCGGAGCCGCCGGCGCCGGCGAGGAAUUCGCGGUGGGAUGCAUCCUCUCAAUCAAAACAACUCUCGGCGACGAAUUCGAUGCGCAAGUCAUCGCCUUCGAUCGCCCAUCCAACAUCCUCGUCCUUCAAGAGGGUAUGAAGUCAGUAUCAGGUCCUCGACGGAACAUACGGCUCUUGAAAGCCAACUAUAUAAAGGAGUUUGUGCUCAUGGGUCAAGUCGAGGACCCUCUUGAUCCCAUGAAGUGUUAUGUUGAUCUCAAUACCCUCCAAUCUCGAGAAGAGUCUGCCAUCAGACAAGCAGAGAUGGAAGCUGAGAGGAUCGGCGUGGGUGUUACUCCCCAGGCCCAAAGCAUUUUCGAUGCAUUGUCUAAGACCCUUCCAGUGCGUUGGGAUAAGACAGUCAUCGUUGUGAUGAAUGAAGUGCGCGUCGGUAGUCCAUAUCUCCCUGAAUCUGUUGUUGGAGGAACUCCUGCUGCCAACGAGCGUGUGAGGAAAGUGCUUGAGCUUGAAAGGAAAAGGUUGCAAGGUCGUGGUGGUAGUUAGUGAUGAUUUUUUGUAUAGUCAGAUUGCUGGGAGAAGUGUUGCGAGGUACUACAGAUGAUGGCUAUGGCAAUUGUACCAGGUGUCAUCCCAUAAAGACACAUGACCCGCUGACAGACAUUAACUUAAACUAAUCGGGAAAAUUGUUUGAAAUUUCAGUGGUUAUUCUUAGUUUUACCUCCUAAGGGUGAGUUCAUUAAAGCAGUUUUCUUGGUUUAUAUGAAGUUCAGAUAAAAUUUUAAUGUUGUGCUUGUACAAUUGUUAUGUGCUUGUGUGUUUGCCAGGUUGAAACUGAUGAAAUGUUGUUCCACUAAUCACGACAGAUUGUGUAAUAGGGGGACUGGACAUGUGAAGCCACAAUGAUAACUGAACUUUUCUGUUUGUCGA